GUUGCGCCUUUUGGAACAGAACUUUCUUUAUGAACAUUUACGCCACUAUUACAAAACCCUAAACCCUAACUCCAAUUUCAGAGCAAUUAUAGGUUUGAGGCUGCAAUCAAUCUGUAAAUUACAUACAAUGGCUUUAAUCGAUACGGCCGCAACUAUGAUUUUCACAUCUUCUUCUUCUUCUUCUUCAACAGCACGGCUUCUUCUUUUCAAUAACACCAAACUUCACAAGUUUCCAAACACUAUUUCCAAUUUUCGCCGCUCAACUUCUCUUCACUUUGGCACCUCAAGCCCUACAUCCAGAACUAUCGUCACUCACUGUUCAUCUUCACCUGCGAGUGCUAUACAGGUAAAUAACGAGACCCUUGCAACGGUUAUUGAUGGAAAGCGUGUGGCAAAAGACAUUAGGGAGGAGAUCGCCGUUGAAAUAUCGAGAAUGAAGGAAGAGAUUGGGAUUGUCCCUGGAUUGGCAGUUAUUCUUGUUGGGGAUAGGAAAGAUUCCGCCACUUAUGUACGUAACAAAAAGAAAGCCUGCGACUCUGUGGGUAUUAAUUCCUAUGAAGUGCGGUUGGCUGAGGAUUCCACCGAAGAAGAAGUUCUCAACCACAUCUCAAAGUUCAACGAUGACCCGUCUGUUCAUGGAAUACUUGUUCAACUACCUUUGCCUUCUCAUAUGAAUGAGCAGAACGUUUUAAACGCUGUUUGCAUAGAGAAAGACGUUGAUGGAUUCCACCCUUUGAAUAUCGGUCGUUUAGCCAUGCGGGGAAGAGAACCGUUGUUUGUUCCAUGCACACCUAAAGGAUGCAUAGAGCUGUUGCAUAGAUAUGACAUCCCCAUCAAAGGGAAAAGGGCCGUUGUGAUUGGCAGAAGCAACAUUGUCGGGAUGCCUGCUGCCCUCUUACUUCAAAGAGAAGAUGCUACUGUGAGUAUUGUGCACUCAAGAACGAAGAAUCCCGAGGAGAUCACUAGACAGGCUGAUAUCAUCAUAUCAGCAGUCGGGCAGCCGAAUAUGGUCAGGGGUAGCUGGGUGAAACCCGGUGCAGUUUUAAUUGACGUUGGUAUCAAUCCUGUUGAGGAUCCAGAAUGUGCGAGAGGAUAUCGGUUGGUGGGGGAUAUAUGCUAUGAGGAGGCAAGCAAGGUGGCUUCGGCGAUCACUCCGGUUCCUGGUGGAGUUGGGCCAAUGACAAUAGCUAUGCUUCUCUCCAACACUCUUUUGUCUGCCAAAAGAAUUCAUAACCUCAGGUGAUCUUUCUUUUUUGUACUGGUGCCAGUCCAAUGAGAGAGUGAUGUUGUCUCUGUUUUUUUUUUUAACCUAAAAGAUUUGAUAGAUAUUCCAUAUGUAGUGUUUGACGUUGCAGAAUGCACAAUAUCGUAAUAAUUGUAAUGAAGUUUUGUAUUUGUGAUAAAUGAUCAAUCAAAUCUUUCUUUUUUAGUUUAA